CCAGACUGACCAGACGCCAAAUGUCAACUGUUCACUGAGGAAGAGAGACUGCUGCAGCUUCACAACUUGCACUGAGAAGUACUAAAAAACAGGAACUUUUACUUCGUUUUUAUCACUACUGCAGCAUUAUGUUUCUCUCUGCUGUGGCUGCAUUACUGAUUGUAUUCAGAUGCUUUGAUAUUGGGCAUGCGACAAUUCGGAAACCUGUGGAAAAUUCGGGGAAGAAGCAGUACCAGGUCCAGCAUGGAGCUUGCAGCUACACAUUUUUACUGCCAGAGGUUGAAAGUUGCCGCUCAGCCUCUACCAACUCCUAUGUAUCCAAUUCAGUGCAGAGAGAUGCUCCACUUGACUAUGAUGACUCAAUGCAGAGACUACAGGUUUUAGAGAAUAUCAUGGAAAAUAACACACAGUGGCUGAUUAAGCUUGAAAGUUAUAUCCAAGAUAACAUGAAGAAAGAAAUGGUGGAGAUACAGCAGCAUGCUGUACAGAAUCAGACCGCUGCAAUGCUUGAGAUCGGCACCAGUCUUUUAAAUCAGACAGUGGAGCAGUCAAAGAAGUUAACCCACGUUGAGACACAGGUGUUUAACCAAACCACACGACUGGAGCUCCAGCUUUUAAAAAAUUCCCUCUCAACAAACAAAUUAGAGAGACAAAUUUCAGACCAGACUAGUGAAAUAACAAAGCUGCAAGACAAGAACAGCUAUUUAGAAACAAAGGUCCUAGGCAUGGAGGACAAGCAUACAUCACAGCUCCAGACAAUAAAAGAAGAAAAGGAUAAACUUCAAACUUUGGUGCUAAAGCAAAAUACUAUAAUUGAGGAUCUAGAAAAGCAACUUGUUACAGCAUCUACAAAUAACUCCCUUCUGCAAAAACAGCAGCAUGACUUGAUGGAAACCGUGCACAAUCUUCUGACUAGGAUGGCACCUCAAAAUGCUCCAAGAAGUUCUUUUGUGGCCAAAGAAGAGCAGAUUGCUUUUAAAGACUGUGCGGAAGCAUAUAAAUCAGGAUUUACUGCAAGUGGAAUUUACACAUUAACAAUCCCUAACACAACAGACCAAGCAAAGACUUACUGUGAUAUGAAAACAGAUGGGGGAGGCUGGACUAUUAUUCAGAAACGUUUCGAUGGCAGUGUGGACUUUCACAGGACAUGGAAAGACUACAAAAAGGGAUUUGGUGACCCAACUGGAGAAUACUGGUUAGGAAAUGAGUUAGUUUCUCAGCUAACAAAUCUACAGAAAUAUGUCCUUAAAAUCCAGCUGAGAGACUGGGAAGGAAAUCAGGCCUUUUCAUUAUACGAACACUUCUAUUUAGGAAAUGAAGCCCAGAAAUACAGGAUUAACCUCAAAGGAUACACUGGGACUGCGGGAAAAAUAAACAGCAUAAGCCAACCAGGAAAUGAUUUUAGUACAAAGGAUGCAGACAAUGACAAAUGUAUUUGCAAGUGCUCACAAAUGGCAACAGGAGGAUGGUGGUUUGAUGCCUGUGGACCUUCUAAUCUGAAUGGCAUGUAUUACUCACUGGGGCAGAACACAAACAAGUUUAAUGGGAUCAAAUGGUACUACUGGAAAGGGUCAGGUUACUCUCUAAAGGCAACAACAAUGAUGAUCCGACCCGUUGACUUUUGAAUAUAAUACAACUUUGGAUGGUGUUUACAUUAUAAAAAGACAAUGUGGAAAGUGGCUAACUAGUUAUAUUGCUCUGCAUGGAACCUGUGCAACAAUGCUCAGAAAUGGAGCAGUUUGGCUGCAUUGCUUUAUCACAAAUGUUAUUGAUCCAUGUUGUAUUGCCGGCAGUUCAAGAGAUCAAUUGAAACAAAGAUGCAAAAUGAACGGCAAGGCUGCUCUUGCAACAACGACCACUGCUGCAUAAGAGAUUUGGAUUGCAUGUAAAUAACUGGAAUAUUGAACAGCAGAACUGCUUCUUUUUGCAGAAUUAGUCAAUCUGCAAACCAAUUUGUAUUAUAUUAUGUAUUGUACAUAGAGAUGUAAAUAGCAUAUAUACAGAUGUUUCCUGUGUCACAUGCUUUAACUAGCCUUCGGCUAAGAUCCUCUCAUAUUACAUAGAAUUAGAGAUGGAAACAUUUUGAUUUACACUUCCAAUAACAUACAAUACACUAUUUAUUAUAGUAGGUAGAGAGUGUGACUGCCUGUGCAGGAUUUUCUAUGCAAUAGCAUAUUGUGUAUAAGCAAAAGUAUUAACCAGUUAUCAUUUGUCCUCACAAUACUACAAGAACUGCACUUUUUUUUAUUAAGAUGUGUUGUAUGUAAAUAUUUUUUAAUGUAAUUCAUUAAUCGGCACCCAUACCAAAGGUCACAUUUAAAACAGUUUUUCUGUUAGUAUAAAUAAAUGUGCUUUUAGAACAGAAAACAAUCUGCUCCAUAUAAGUUGCACACCCUAUCCACAACACAAUCCUUAUAAUUAUGUGCCACCCUCCACACUUUAUUAUAAUUUAACUAAACAUUUGCAGGUAUCCGAUUUUAAAGACUUAUAUUUCCAGGGUGCAAGGGACAAAAAAGCCUAAGUAUUAUUGCAAUAAUAUGAAUGAAAGGUACUUAACUUAUUACAAUUAAAUGAUGUUAACCUUUGCUUUUACUUUUAGUAUGGUAGAUAGUGGUAGUGUAAAGUAUUAAAGUAAAUUCUCCUAUGAGUUUAACAUCGUUCCAUAGAGAUUAAAGAACCAUAGCUUAUAGCAGGAUUCAUAGCUUUGUUGUCCUGAAUAUUAUCUACAUGAAUGAAAAAAACACCCCAUCAUUCAGGACUGGCUUUCUUUACAUAUUUGAAUAAAUUACUGCUUAUCAUAGCUCUGCAAAAAGUAAAUUCAAGUUGUACAACCACAUCCCUAGAAAGGAAUGUUUCAGGCACAACCCUUGUUUUGCAAAUCAAUCCGUUUGUUAGUUGGUACCACUCACUAUUCAGAAGUGUGCCAAGGAACGUAGUGACUAGAAGAUGUGGAUAUUUGUGCACAUUGUUGGAUCGAUGGAUAAAUAAACAAACACAUCAGAAGAUAGAGGUCACUUGAUCUUAUGUUUAGAGAUUAAAAAUAUGGGGAACUGUUGGUUGGAUUUGACAGGUUAAAAAAAGAACAAUGGCAUGAAUGUGGCUUUUAUAGGAUCUAUUCCCUUUCCAACUCAAAAAGAGUCCAUUAAUGUAUUUUUAUAUAUUAACAUGCAACUGAUUCAUUGAAGAAAAUGGAUUUGUGACUGCUUUUGUUUGAAUUGUAUUUAUGCAAUAAUGCCUUGGUUUGCUGGUAUGAAAAAUGACAAGAGUAAAUAAAAAAAUAUACUUA